AUGAGAUUCAGGAUUGCCGGCCUGACCACUUCUGCAGCUGCGGCACCUAGUACGGCCACUGGCAACGAUGCUGCUGUCCCGGCCGCAGAGCAUCGUGGUCCCAAUGACUCCGAAAUCGCCAACGAGAAAGAGGCUAGGAUAGGCGAUGCAGCAUCUCGAGACUCUUCGGAUGACGAUGCUUCGCUUGAGAAGCUCGACACCAACGCCGAACAUGGCGUCCAGGCCAUUCAGGCAAUGACCCAGGUCUGGUCGAAAUCGCAUAUCCUGAUUGCCUAUGUCAUGAUCUGGCUCAUUGCCUUCAUCCUGGCUUUCGCAUCGGGCAUUGUCAAUACGAUGACCCCAUACGUCACGUCUAAUUUUCAAGAGCACUCGCUUACCGCUCUGACCGGCGUCAUCUCCUCACUGGUGGCAGGCAUCUGGAAGCUCCCAUACGCCAAAAUCAUGAAUGUAUGGGGCCGCGCUCAAGCGUUGACCCUGGGCGUGAUUUCAGUGACGCUUGGUCUCAUUAUGAUGGCAGGCUGCAAUAACGUCCAGACAUACUGCGCUGCCAUGACCUUCUACUACGUUGGCUACAACUCGAUCGACUUCUCCAUCACUGUCUUCAUCGCCGACACCUCGAAACUGAAGAAGCGAGGUUUCUUCCUCGGCUACGUCUCCUCGCCCUACCUCAUCACCACAUGGGUCUAUGGCUAUGCAGCUGCCGAUGUAAUCGGCGGCAUGGGCUUCCGAUGGGGCUUCGGCGUCUUCUCUAUCGUCGUUCCUGUCGUUUGUGCCCCAUGGGUCAUUCUCCUCUGGAUCAAUCAGCGCAAAGCCGAGAAGGCUGGACUCCUCCCACCCCGGCCCACUGCGCAGAUGUCCCUCAAAGACAAGACCCUGCACUACUUGAAAGAAUUUGACGUCGUUGGACUCCUCGUCCUAGCUACUGGCCUCGCUCUCUUCCUUCUGGCCUUCAACAUCUACUCGUACCAGCCAAACACCUGGCGCUCUCCACUCAUCAUCUGCUUCAUCAUCUUCGGGUUCUUCCUGAUUGUCGCUUUCGGCCUCUGGGAAGCCAAGUUCGCCCCCAUCACCUUCGUGCCCUGGCACCUGCUGAAAAACCGCACCGUCAUCUUCACCUACACCAUGGCCUUCUCCCUCUACAUCGGCUGGUACAUCUGGGACUCAUACUUCUACUCCCUCAAUGUCGUUCUUUUCAACCAAUCGAUCGUCCACGCCACGUACAUCGGCAACAUCUACACCGUGGGAUCCUGCUUAAUCAGCCUCGUCUACGGCCUCUGUCUCAUCUACGUCAGCGGCCGCCUCAAGCUCUGGUCUCUCUUCUGGGGCGUGCCGUUGACCAUCCUCGGCGUGGGCCUAAUGAUCCACUUCCGCCAACCCGACGUCAACAUCGGCUAUAUUGUCAUGUGCCAGAUCUUCGUCGCCUUCGGCGGCGGCGUUCUCGUCAUCAGCGAGCAGACCACCCUCAUGGCCGUCAGCAAGCAGCGCGACUUCCCCGCCCUGCUGGCCUGCGAGAGCAUGGUCAUCGCCAUCGGCUCUGCCAUCGGCAGCACCAUCGCCGGCGCUAUGUGGACGGGCAUCUUCCCAGCCAGGCUGCUCCAGAACCUGCCUGCUGAGGCCCAGUCCGAUUUCGCGGCCAUCUACGGCGAUAUGGUCACGCAGAGCAGCUACCCCUGGGGCAGCCCCACCAGGGAUGCCAUCAACUUGAGCUAUGGGCAAACGCAGCGGUACAUGCUCAUCGCGGCUACUUGCGUGUACACUGUUACUCUUGUGAGUGUCGCGCUCUGGCAGGAUGUGGAUGUGAGGAAGAUGAAGCAGAGAACCGUCGGGCUGCUGUAA